AACAUCCAAGAUGAAGUUGUCUCUAGCUCUAUUCGGCCUGGCUGUGGUGUCUCUCUGUGUGUCCCAAGCGAACGCUGCAGACACCUCCACCUCGACAUCGAGUUCUGCCUCAAGCACCACGGAUGCGGCAACCACGACGACCACCAGCACCACCACGGAUGCGACUACCAGCACAACAGAGUCCACGACCACAUCCUCCUCCUCGUCCUCUUCGGGCAGCGGCAAGAAGAUAGUCCGUGUCAGCAAUCUCAGGUACACGGCCAAGAGGAAGAUAAAAGUCGGAUCUGGCAGCACCAGUUCAUCCACCAGCAGCAGGAGUGCCCGCACCAAGGCUCGCAAGGCUCGCGUCAAUGCCCGAAAAGCGCAGUCGAAGCGCAGGAAUCUUCGUGCCAAAAACAAGAAGGUUCGCGUUCUCCGUGGCUAAGCAGUGAUACGAAAAUUCUCUAU